AUGAGGAAUAUAAAAGGUUUAUCCUACUUUGCUUUUUUCAUCUUUAUGUUGGACAAUUAUAAAACAGAUUGCUCUCCUGUAAACAUGUGCGCAGGAAGUCGUGAAAGAAACAAUGUUUUUCAAAUGACUGUAUCAGAAACUGUAGAAGAUGCCAUUCCACGCCUUCUACAAAAAUUUCAGCUUUUUUUAAGGAACUUAGGAGAUUUUAUAGAUACACUUAAAGAAAGAGGACUGAGGGGUGAUCAGCAUUUGCUCGAAGCCAUUGGUUCAUCUGAAGGUUUAGAUGGAUUUCCAGUUUUCAAUUUGCAAAAUGUUGGCGAAGAUAUCGAUGAACAGCUUAUUCGAGACUAUCAAGUUCUCCUUAAUAUAUGGCCUUUUGUGGAACAUAUGAAAAAACUGGAAGAGUCCUCAGAUAGGAUAUCUUAUAGUUCUGUUAUCAAUGAUAUUUACAGUUAUUUACAAGAUCUCAUUUGCGAAUUCUACACAGUUAUAGUGAAUCGGGACCGUGUGAUUCCAUCACUGCAAAACCCGGCCACAGUUCCGCUCACUUACAACGAGUUGUCUGCCGCCAGUCGACAUCUAUAUCACUUCUUAUUAUCCAGAGAUAUGCAAAAAAUUGUGACUCUUCUCAGAAACGGAUAUGCAGAUAAUUGACAUUCAAAUG